AAGAAGGAUGGCCCGGUUAUGCUAAAACUGGUGAAUGAGGAUGAAAAGUUAUGGAGCCCAACAGCUGCAGCAGCAACAGCACCAGCAACAGCUUCGACAUCGGACGUGGAACUUGUAGCGGUGAAAAAAAUUGCUGCCGAAGACAGUGAAAAUGAAAAGGACGACAUCGAUAUGGAUGAAUUACCAGUCGAAAAUCCCAGAAAAAAAGGGCACGAAUCCGCAACGAAUGAAGCUCUCCAAUCCGAACAAUCAAAACUCCAAGCAGCAGAAAUAGUGAGCAGCGAAAAGACGCUGAGUUUACCGCUUGAAGUCAAGCCUGUGAGCCAAGUGGACUGCAUUCAGACAUAUAGAAAUGUCCGAGGAAUGUGUAAUCCACCGCUAACAGCACAGUUGUAUCGAGCCUGCAAAUCCUGGUAUAGACUCUGCCCGGAUUAUCAUGAAUUGUCGUUUUCUGCGGAAACCGCAGUGCAAAGUACUGGAUAA